AUGUCACGGGGUAGGGGAAGCGACACGCACACCUACCCCUGUAAAUGCAAAGCUGCGAACACGGAACGCUUCUCCGCGGCUUUUCAGAGAUCCUCUGAGCACACAAGGCCAUCCUUCCUCCCGCAGCAGCAGCGCGAGCUGUCGACAUGGGAACCUGCAUGCUAUGCAGCAUGCGGCGCGGUGGAGGAGGCGGCAGCGCCAGUCUCUGCGAUUUCGCACUGCGCACGGCUCUUCAUACGCACUCCCAGUGGGGUGGCAUCCGUUCCCCCUCUACUGGGAAGCCGCCCCAGUCUGCUUUUCGGCAAGAGGAGUGCAAGCAGCAGCAGCAGCAGCAGCAGCACAGAGGCGAGCGGGAAGCGCUUUUGCGACAGCAAGCUGGUGCGUGUCAAGGGGGGAUCGGGAGGUUCUGGUGCAGUUUCUUUCGUCAAGCACAUCCAGCAUUUUCUAAUGGGGCCUGGAGAGCCUUCUGGAGGGCGUGGAGGAGACGGAGGCGACGUACUGCUUCGCCUGGCGCGAUGCCAGGGGGGGGGGGAAGGGGGCCCCUUGAGGGGCCCCCUGGGGGGCCCCCUGGAGGGGGGCGGCCUUGGGGGGGGCCCCCCUGUCGGUGCGCAGGAUCUCAGUGCAGUUAAAGGCUUCGUUUGGGGGGCCCCUGGGUGUCAUGGGGGUCGACACGGCUUGCCAGGGAGGCGCGGUCGAGACGCUGUGAUUGAGGUGCCAGGCAGCUGCGUAGUGUGGAGAGUUGAGGAGAAGUUUUUCUCUGAGGGACUGAAAAUCGAAGGCAGCGCGCUUCAACAUUCCCAGGAUACGCCGACGGAGGGGCUGGAAGUACCUCAAAUGCAUGCAACACGCCUAAAGCGCCGCAUGCGAUUUCUCGGACUGCUCGAUCCUUCCGCCGCUGCUGCUGCCGCCGUCGCCUCUGCUUCCAGAAGCAACAGCAAUUACAACAGCAAUAGCAAUAAUGAAAGCAAUAGCAAUAACGAAAGCAGCCUUCAAGAUCUUGCUACCCAGUUAUUGCAGCUAUUGGGCCCGAGAGUUUUAGGGAGGGAGAUGCUGCUGGCUCAAGGGGGGAGGGGGGGGCGAGGAAACUGUCGGAGGUGUCCAUACACCGCAGAGGAGGGGAGCGAAGGGCAGGAGCAGCUGCUGCUGCUGCAGCUCAGGUUCCUCUCAGACUGCGCUCUCAUAGGUCUCCCCAAUGCGGGGAAGUCGCUGCUGCUGUCAGCCCUCACGCGCUGCGCCUCGCUUGCUGCUCCUUGGCCACAUAGCACCACCAAACCAAAGGUCGGACACAUUAUGCUGCAGCAGCAGCAUAUUAUGCAGCAGCAGCAGCAGCAUUUAUGGAGCCUUUCGAUGGCAGAUCUCCCAGGGCUUCUCCCCGAGGCAACUAACGCCAUUGCCAGCUGUGCUCCACGACAUGCAGAAGGCACGCGAAUGGUUGUUCUCGUCGUGGACGCUGCUGCCGCUGCGUAUCAUGACACUAGCAGCGGCAACAGUAGCAGUAGCAGUAGCAGUAGCAACAGUAGCAGUAGCUCCUUUUGCAGCAUGCUGCACACCCCUCAGCUGAGCUUGUGCGAAGUCGACAAGCUGUGGCGGCUGCUUCAGCAGCAGCAGCAGCAGCACGCCGCUCACAUCAAGGGGCUGCUGCAGCAGCACUUUGAGGACCUCUUCACCCUGCAGGAUCGCGAACUGCAGGAGGGGGAGGCGCAACGGCAGCAGCUGCAGCGCUCAGUGCAAGUCAUACCCGUUAGUGCGAAGGAGGGGCUAGGCCUCUCCCGCCUGUAUCGACGGACGGACGCUGCUGCUGCAUGCAGUCGGGGCUUGCGUGCGGCCCCACACCACCACUCGGCUUCCAACGCGGCUCUCCCCGAGAAUAUUUACACUAUAAAAGCUGUGGAAUUGUGGCUUGAAGUGGAGAUUCAGCUCGGCGUAGUGUUCUCUCGUUCGCGAGGCUGA